CCACAUCAUUCUCAGCACGUGUAGAACGUAGCUCGUCUUUUUUUUUUGCCAAAAAAAAAAGAAAUUGCAUAAAUAAACAAUUUUCUCUAUUUCAAUAUAAUAGUAAUUUCAACAAUAAUUUUUUUAAUCUCAAUCAGUGUGAAUUAACAAAAAUGGAAAACGAUCAAGAAACAAAUAAAACAGAAGAGAAAAACGACGCCACCACUGAAGAGGUUAAGGCAGAUGAAACACCGGUUGAAAGUAAUGUUGAAAAAGCUAAAAAUGGUGAAAAUCAUGAGGAGAAAAAGGAAUCUGAAACUGUCGAAGCUACGCCAGAACUUUUAGAAAAAAUUAAAAAACAAAUUGAGUUUUAUUUCGGUGACGUAAAUAUGCAAAAGGACAAGUUUCUCAUUGAGCAAACAAAAUUAAGCGACGGUUGGGUUCCAAUGGAUGUGAUGUUGAAAUUUAAAUUAUUAGCUGCAUUAAGCAAAGAUUCAGUAACAAUUGUCAAUGCACUUGAAUCAAGUGAACUUAUUGAGGUGUCGGAAGAUAAAAGUAAAAUUCGACGAUCUCUCGAUCAUCCAUUGCCAGUUUAUGAUGAGGAAUAUAGAAAAAGUCAACAGGAAAGGACAAUUUAUGCAAAAGGUUUUCCACUCGAGGGAAUUACCAUUGAUAUGCUAAAAGAUUUUUUUGCACCAUAUGAGCCAAUUGAAAAUAUUUACAUGAGAAAAUACGCUGAUAAGGAGAAGAAAAUGCAUUUUAAGGGAUCGAUUUUCGUUCAAUUUAAGACUCUCGAUGCAGCGAAAAAUUUCAUGGAAAAAGAUUCAUUUAAAUAUGAAGAAACAGAGCUCAUCAGAAAAUGGGCAGUUGACUAUAAUGCAGAAAAGCUAAAAGAAAGAGACGAGAGACGUCAAAAGAAGGAAUCUCAAAAAGGCAACAAAAAUUCUGGUGGACAAGAGAAAAAGGAGGAAACUGAAAAAGGAAAAGAAACUCGUAGUCUCCCCAAGGGUUCGAUUUUGCAUCUCUCUGGAAUAGAAAGUGGAGCCAGGGAAGAUAUCAAAGAAGCUUUGGCCAAUUUAGAUGCCCAUGUCGCAUUUGUGGAUUACUCAAGAGGGAAGGAAAGUGGCUACGUUCGUCUUGUAAAUGAAAAUGAAGCCAAAACUAUUUUUGAAAAAUUGGAAGAAGGAAAAUUAAAAAUUGCUGAAAGUGAAGCAAACGUUCGUGUUCUUGAAGGCGAAGAAGAAAUUGAAUAUUUAGCAAAAGUUGAAAAAGAACUUGCCAAUCUACGAAAAGGAAAAUACAAUAAACAUGGUAAUUCAAAGGGAGGCAGAAAAAAUCGAUUCCAAAGAGGACAAAAGAGAAAAGGUAAUGAUUUUGGAGAUGAAAUUUCACCGAAGAAGAAAGCUGUUUAAAUUAAAAGUGUGAAUUAUAAAAAGAGAAACAAAAAAAAAAAUUAUAUUUUUUAAGGAUAUAAUAUUCACUGUCAUUAUUGUUGUUACAGUGGUUACUGUAUAUUUUUUAUUAAUUUUUUCACAGACUCAUUAAUUUAAGCAGUUGUAACAAAAAUAAUAGAUUUUAUAUAAUUUUUACUGGUGAAAAUCAUUUUCUUUUUUUAUGUUUUUUCAUUAUGAAUACAAAAGAUUCUUUAUUUUUAAAAGAAUGUCUUUUUUAUUUUAAUGACAUGAAAAAAAAUUGAUUUACAGUUUUGCAUUUUUUUUGUUGUCAACUUUAUUUUUUUAUUAUAAUUUGUAAAAAUUUUGAGUCAUUAUUGAAGUUAAUUGAUAGCUUUUUUUUUUGAUGUAAAAAAAAAGAAAAUAAUUUUGAAAAAUAAUAGUGUUAAUGUUGUAAAAGAGAAAUUUAUAUCAUUUUCUCGUGAAAUUCUUAAAUAUCUGUUUAAUAAAAAAAUGAAUUAUAUAUUUCAUGAA